AUGUGUGUUGUCGCACCCACUGGAUGGAUGUGGAAAAAGCGAGGACAAUGCCGUCGCAAUCUCACAUCUGAAGAAGAUUCUUCCGCACUGCUGAAGUUGUACGUACAUACUGCUCUAUGGUUCGCGAGCCAUGUACAAGCCUCCAUCCGUUCCCCUCCGCGAGGAAAUCGUCCGAAAUACAACACCUCUCCGCGAUUGGUUUACCAUCUACUGGCACGUUCGGACUGUUCCUCUAUUGUUACGCCGCGAUGGGCCACUGUGUCACUAUAUACAUCUGAUAAAGAGAAGAAUGACGCGGUCGUCGUGAGAGGUUGGAAGGCCGAAAACUGCUCGCUGAGAACUCGAAUCUGA